AUGGCAGAUACCCUUCCCAAGAUUAAGGUGACAGACCCACCUGUCGCUGGCAGAGGCUCCUUUCAGAACCAGGAGAAUGGGUCGUCAAUCACAGUAGAUGGACCCAUAGGCCCAUUGUCCAACAAGAAGCUCGUCGCAAAGCUUCGAAGCCCCACCUCACCUUCAGCGCAACAGACCAGCGAUUCACAAAACGGAAACCUUGGCGAUGGCACGAGACUGUCCGAAACCCCCAUAGACCCGCUCUCGCAACAAAUCCUCCAGAGAACGAAUACGUCGCCCGCGGUACAGAAACUACGAUCGCAAACCACCGAGCCCUUGUCGAGUCAAUCACCGACUUCGCCGAACGAUGCAAACGCGGACAAGAAGCUGAGUGGAGAGACGCCACGCGACACAAGCGGGGGUAAGGCAGACAAAAAGAAAGUGUCAUUUCUUAGUCGCUUCAUCGGAGGCAACAAAAAGAAGAGCAGCACCCUCGAUGGCGCAAGCGAAAAUGGCUCCGAGGCAGACGAUCUUCGAUUAGAGGGUAUGGACGCCCAGCUCUAUGUCGACAACUUCAGCUUCAGUCCCAAGAUACCUCAUCCACCGGCAUACAUCAAAGUGAGGACGAAGUUCAAGAAGGAGAAGGAAUUCGAUCGUGUUUUCCUGGCUCAGCAGUUGCGUUCUGGGUCGGACAAGAAGAGUCCGCCCGCGGCUGGAUCGAACCCUGCGCCCCAGUCAGGGUCGGCAGCUACACAGAAUCCUAUCUGGGCGGUCGAGUUCAGCAAGGAUGGAAGGUAUCUUGCCGUUGGUGGGCAGGAUAGGGUUAUCAGAGUAUGGGCGGUGAUUGAGAGCUCGGAAGGACGCCGCGCGCAUGAAAGCGCUGAUAAUGGAGAGGCCAAGCAUCUCAGUGCACCAGUCUUCCACCAGAAGCCCGUUCGCGAGUACCAGGGACAUACGUCGACCAUCUUGGAUUUGAGUUGGAGCAAGAACAACUUCCUGCUAUCCUCAUCCAUGGACAAGACGGUACGGCUAUGGCAUGUGAGCCGAGACGAGAACCUAUGCACAUUCAAGCAUUCUGAUUUCGUUCCUUCGAUUCAAUUCCAUCCUACCGACGACCGAUUCUUCCUCGCCGGAUCUCUUGACGCAAAGUUACGACUAUGGAGUAUUCCUGAUAAAAGCGUGGCGUUUUCGGUCACUGUCCCGGAUAUGAUUACAUCGGUAGCCUUCACACCCGAUGGGAAGACUUGUAUAGCUGGUACUCUUGGUGGUCACUGCAUGUUCUACGAUACUGAAGGACUAAAAUGGCAGGCCCAACUCCACGUAAAAUCAACCCGCGGACAGAAUGCGAAAGGGAGUAAGAUUACUGGAAUCCAGGCGACAUAUUGGCCUCCAGGAAGUGAGAGUGGCGAUGUUAAGCUACUGGUAUCGAGCAAUGAUUCAAGGCUGCGCAUUUACAACAUGAAGGAUAAAACUCUAGAGAUGAAAUUUCGUGGCCAUGAAAACAAUUGUAGCCAGAUUCGAGCCACGUUUGCUGAUAGCAGUGGGCAUAUCAUUUGCGGGAGCGAGGAUCGGAAAACCUACAUCUGGUCAACCGUGUCCACAGCUGAAGGCGAGAAGAGGAACCAGCGUCCAGUGGAGAUGUUCGAAGCUCAUGAUUCGAUAACAACCUGCACUGUUAUCGCACCCAUUCGGACCAGGCAACUGCUUAGCGCCUCAGAAGAUCCUAUAUUCGACCUCUGUAACCCACCGCCGGUUACAUUAGUGUCGAAAGCUGAAUCUGUCAUCUCGUCAAGAGCGCCUACGGAGGCGGGAUCCGCACAUCCGACACCUGUACCCACAGAUACCCAUUUUAAGAGAGCUACGGAGAGCCCAGCAUAUAUUGCACGUUCGGCACAUCGAGGCGGCAACAUCAUCGUCACGGCAGACUAUACCGGAGCACUAAAAGUGUUCAGACAAGAUUGUGCCCACCAAAAGCGCAUACGGAUGAGCGAGCAAUGGGACACAGCGUCCAUGAAGAGAGCAUCAGGCAUCGGACGACCCAGCAGUAUCAUAUCGCGAACUAGUCGGUCACGGCGAGACAGCGUAUCCACACAACCACCCAACGACCGCAUUAUGACAUGGCGACAAGGCAUAUCGCACGGUAGUCUCGACUCCACUAACUCCCUUCCUCGUCGCAGCGCCUCACCCCGAAAGUCGCUAGCUGCCAUGAGCUUUCACUCAACACCACAUGAGUCCCCCGUCUUACACCCUACAAAGACAAACGACACCUUCGACACCAAACCAACGGGUACACCCAAGACAUCCGUAUCCAUGGAUCGUACCACCACAUCACUACGAAGCAUCUCAUAUUCUGAAGCUUCGUCUCCUCUCAAAGAACCUUUCACCGCUGGUGCCGAUCACGAAGCGAACGUGCGGUCUAACAACCCUCUUGCCGUGUACAAUGGACAAAGUUGGCUUUUCUGGACGAACCGCGAUAAAAGUGCGCUGACGGCCGGGAAUGCAAAGGACGCGGAGAGACCGGAGCUGCUGGGUCGUAUGAGUACAAUCAGUCAGAUUAGUAGGCUGACGGAUGAGCGGAGUGAUGGAGAGAGGGAGGGUGGGACAUGA